GACCUACCCUCUUCUUCUGCCCUACAUCCCAACCCUGGUGUGGGAUUUUGGGAGCUCCUAGGGCAGACCUCUGGCCAGCUUCCCUUCUGGGCAGGACCUGAAAUUUAGAAGCUGAGGUCCCUGCACCCCCACUUCUCAAGCCAAAGUCCAAGGGACCCAGUCAGGGGUCCAGCUCCGUGGAGAUGCCAGCAGCCCGUCGGUUCCCUGGCCUGGAGCUCUCCUUUCCUCUCCUGGCCAGAUUGCGGCGAAGACUAUACACAAGGCUGGGGAGCAGCAGCAUGCAGCCAGAAGAGGGUACGGGCUGGCUGCUGGAGCUGCUGUCCGAGGUGCAGCUGCAACAGUACUUCCUGCGGCUCCGCGACGACCUCAAUGUCACCCGCCUGUCCCACUUUGAGUAUGUCAAGAAUGAGGACCUGGAGAAGAUUGGCAUGGGCCGUCCUGGCCAGCGGCGGCUGUGGGAGGCUGUGAAGAGGAGAAAGGCCAUGUGCAAGCGCAAGUCCUGGAUGAGCAAGGUGUUCAGUGGAAAGCGGCUGGAGGCUGAGUUCCCCCCUCAUCACUCUCAGAGCGCCUUCCCGAAGACCUCGCCCACCCCUGGUGGCCCCGCAGGGGAGGGGCCCCUGCAGAGCCUCACCUGCCUCAUUGGGGAGAAGGACCUGCAUCUCUUCGAGAAGCUCGGAGACGGCUCCUUUGGCGUGGUGCGCAGGGGCGAGUGGGACGCCCCCUCGGGGAAGACGGUGAGUGUGGCUGUGAAGUGCCUGAAGCCUGAUGUGCUGAGCCAGCCAGAGGCCAUGGACGACUUCAUCCGGGAAGUCAACGCCAUGCAUUCGCUUGACCACCGAAACCUCAUUCGCCUCUAUGGUGUGGUGCUCACGCCACCCAUGAAGAUGGUGACGGAGCUGGCGCCUCUGGGAUCAUUGCUGGACCGGCUUCGCAAGCACCAGGGCCACUUCCUUCUGGGUACUCUGAGCCGCUAUGCUGUGCAGGUGGCCGAGGGCAUGGGCUACCUGGAGUCCAAGCGCUUUAUUCACCGUGACCUGGCUGCCCGCAAUCUGCUGCUGGCCACCCGCGACCUGGUCAAGAUCGGGGACUUCGGGCUGAUGCGAGCACUCCCCCAGAAUGACGACCACUACGUCAUGCAGGAGCAUCGCAAGGUGCCCUUUGCCUGGUGUGCCCCCGAGAGCCUGAAGACACGCACCUUCUCCCAUGCCAGCGACACCUGGAUGUUCGGGGUAACGUUGUGGGAGAUGUUCACCUAUGGCCAGGAGCCCUGGAUUGGCCUUAAUGGCAGUCAGAUCCUGCAUAAGAUUGACAAGGAAGGGGAGCGUCUUCCCCGGCCCGAGGACUGCCCCCAAGACAUCUACAACGUCAUGGUCCAGUGCUGGGCUCACAAACCAGAGGACAGACCCACCUUUGUGGCCCUGAGGGACUUCCUGCUGGAGGCCCAGCCCACUGACAUGCGGGCCCUCCAGGACUUUGAGGAACCAGACAAGCUGCACAUCCAGAUGAAUGAUGUCAUCACCGUCAUCGAGGGGAGGGCUGAGAACUACUGGUGGCGCGGGCAGAACACACGGACGCUGUGCGUGGGGCCCUUCCCCCGAAACGUGGUGACCUCCGUGGCCGGCCUGUCAGCCCAGGACAUCAGCCAGCCCCUGCAGAACAGCUUCAUUCACACGGGCCAUGGCGACAGCGACCCCCGCCACUGCUGGGGCUUUCCCGACAAGAUCGAUGAACUGUAUCUGGGAAAUCCUAUGGACCCUCCCGACCUGCUGAGUGUGGAACUGAGCACCUCCCGCCCCACCCAGCACCUGGGAAGGGUGAAAAGGGAGCCUCCACCUCGCCCACCUCAGCCUGCCAUCUUCACUAAGAAACCAACCUAUGACCCCGUGAGCGAGGACCAAGACCCCUUGUCCAGCGACUUCAAGAGGCUGGGUGUGAGGAAGCCGGGCUUGCCCCGGGGGCUGUGGCUGACAAAGCCCUCGGCCCGGGUGUCCGGCACCAAGACCGGCCGCGGUGGCAGCAGUGGCGCUGAGGUCACGCUCAUUGACUUCGGCGAGGAGCCGGUGGUCCCGUCCCCGCGGCCCUGCACACCCUCGCUGGCGCAGCUGGCCAUGGAUGCCUGCUCCUUGUUGGACAAGACCCCACCGCAGAGCCCCACGCGGGCCCUGCCCCGGCCCCUGCACCCCACGCCCGUGGUGGACUGGGAUGCACGCCCGCUGCCGCCGCCCCCCGCCUACGAUGAUGUGGCCCAAGACGAGGAUGACUUUGAAGUCUGCUCCAUCAACAGCACCCUGGUGGGCGCCGGGGUCUCUCCUGGGCCCAGCCAGGGUGAGACGAAUUACGGCUUCGUGCCCGAGCAGGCGCGGCUCCUCGCUCCCCUGGAGGACAACCUGUUCCUCCCACCCCAGGGCGGCAGCAAGCCGCCCACCUCGGCCCAGACCGCAGAGAUCUUCCAGGCUCUGCAGCAGGAGUGCAUGCUGAGGCUGCAGGUCCCCGCCAGCUCCCUGGUCCUCUCACCCAGCCCCGUGGGCGAGGACAAGCCCCAGGUGCCCCCCCGGGUGCCUAUCCCCCCGAGGCCCACGCGCCCACGUGGUGAGCUGUCUCCAGCCCCGUCGGGUGAGGAGGAGACGGGGCGGUGGCCUGGACCUGCCUCCCCUCCCCGGGUGCCUCCCCGGGAGCCCCUGUCCCCUCAAAGUUCAAGGACCCCCAGUCCCCUCGUGCCACGGGGCAGCUCCCCGCUGCCACCCCGGCUCUCGAGUUCACCUGGGAAGACCAUGCCCACCACCCAGAGCUUUGCCUCAGACCCCAAGUACGCCACACCCCAGGUGAUCCAGGCACCUGGCCCCCGGGCUGGUCCCUGCAUCCUGCCCAUCGUCCGCGACGGCAAGAAGGUCAGCAAUACCCACUACUACCUGCUGCCUGAGCGCCCGCCCUACCUGGAGCGCUACCAGCGCUUCCUGCGUGAGGCACAGAGCCCCGAAGAACCCGCCCCCUUGCCUGUGCCCUUGCUGCCCCCACCCAGCACUCCAGCCCCUGCCGCCCCCACUGCCACUGUUCGGCCCAUGCCCCAGGCUGCCCCAGACCCCAAGGCCAACUUCUCCACCAACAACAGCAAUCCAGGGGUCCGGCCGCCAGCCCUGAGGGCCACCGCUUGGCUGUCACAGAGGGGCUGCCCAGGGGACGGGCCAGAGGCUGUACGGCCAACAGAUAAGAUCCAGAUGCUGCAGGCCAUGGUGCAUGGGGUGACCACAGAGGAGUGCCAGGCGGCCCUGCAGAGCCACAGCUGGAACGUGCAAAGGGCUGCCCAGUAUCUGAAGGUGGAGCAGCUUUUCGGGUUGGGUCUGCGGCCGCGAGGUGAGUGCCACAAAGUGCUGGAGAUGUUCGACUGGAACCUAGAGCAAGCCGGCUGCCACCUUCUGGGCUCCUGUGGCCCUGCCCACCACAAACGCUGAGCUGUCUGGAGAGCCAGAAGAUCUGCCCUGAAGGAAUCACUUGAGCCUGUCCAUCUGACAAGGGUGGGAAGAUACCCAUCCCAGGCCUGGAGAACCUGCGGACACCCACUGGCAGAGCGAGGCUAAGGCAGCAGGAGGCUGGGAGCCCUGCCUUGCCUGUCCCUCCCUCACCCAGCACCAUCCCAGCAACUUUGGUUCAGCCCACAGUGCCCCAGGCCAAGGUGCAAGAAGUUGCCCGUGAAGGCUAGCAUGGGGGUGGCCUCAGCAGGCCUGCGGCUGACGUGCCUCUGGUUGCAUCCCCCUGGUAGGCCUGCCGCUGGAGUGUGUCCCCGAGUCCUGCCAGGGGAAAGCCAGGCUUGACCUUGGGCGGGGAGGAUGUGUUGGCCACGCUGAAAGGUGGACUAGCACGCGGCUGGGUCCUUCUCCAGAGAGUCCCUGGGUUCUGGGGUGUCAGCAGGAUGUAACUCAUGGCCUCACCAUAGACAGUGUUUUGGGACUUGGCUGCUCUUAGGAUCUUGUGCCUGGAAAUAGCCUGAAGUGGCCCAGGAAGCAGAGCAUUGGUGCCAGUAGUUCUCUGGCAGGGACCAGGGCCCAAGGCCCCAGGGUUGGAAGGAGACCAAAGGGGUAGUUUCCCUGGAGGGAUACUAGAGCUUCCUCUGCCCCAGCUCUUCCCCUGUGUUGUCCCCAAAGUGGCUGUCCCAGCUACGGAUACCUGCUUCUUCCAGAGAAAUAAAACUAGUUUCUAUUUUAUGUUAA